AUGGCCAGAAGAUCCCUACCGCUCCUCAAGGACCUCCUCUCGCGCUCCUCGCCCAACCGGAUCACCACCCGAUCCGUCACCUACAUGCACCGCCCCGGCGAUGGGACGCCGCGCCCGGUGACUCUGAUCCCGGGCGACGGUAUUGGGCCCAUGGUGACGGGCGCGGUGGAGCAGGUGAUGGAGGCAAUGCACGCGCCGGUGUACUUUGAGAAGUUUAAGGUCCACGGGAACAUGAAGGCGGUGCCGCAGGAGGUGCUGGAAUCGAUACGGAAGAACAAGGUGUGUCUGAAGGGUGGCCUCGUCACCCCCAUGGGCGGUGGCGUCAGCUCCCUCAACGUGCAGCUCCGGAAGGAGCUUGAUCUCUACGCCUCCCUCGUCAACUGCUUCAGCCUUCCUGGCUUGCACACGCGCCACGAUAAAGUCGACAUCAUCGUCAUCAGGGAGAACACCGAAGGCGAGUACUCCGGUCUCGAACACGAGGUCAUUCCCGGCGUCGUCGAAAGCCUUAAGGUAAUAACGAAGUUCUGUUCAGAGCGAAUUGCUAAUUAUGCAUUCGAGUAUGCUUACCUGAACAACAGAAAGACGGUGACUGCUGUGCACAAAGCAAAUAUUAUGAAGCUUGCAGAUGGUUUAUUUUUGGAAUCUUGUAGAGAGGUUGCCACAAAAUACCAGGCAAUCAAGUAUAACGAAAUUAUUGUGGAUAACUGCUGCAUGCAGCUUGUUUCAAAGCCUGAACAGUUUGAUGUGAUGGUGACCCCAAAUCUUUAUGGAAAUCUGAUCGCAAAUACUGCAGCAGGCAUUGCUGGAGGCACUGGAGUCAUGCCAGGAGGUAAUGUUGGAGACGAGCACGCUGUAUUUGAACAAGGUGCUUCAGCAGGAAAUGUUGGCAGUGAACAAAUAUUAGAGCAAAAGAUUGCGAAUCCAGUGGCACUUCUUCUCUCGUCUGCUAUGAUGCUUAGGCAUCUUCAGUUUCCUGCGUUUGCUGACCGUUUGGAAACUGCUGUGCAACAUGUCAUUCUGGAGGGAAAAUACCGAACAAUGGAUCUUGGAGGGACAAGCACCACCCAAGAGGUUGUGGAUGCAGUCAUAAAUGCUUUAGAUUGA